UAUAGUACAUAAUAGUUGGUAUUUUGUGUAUAGUACAUAAUAGUUGGUAUUUCCUGCCUAUGGAAAUGUUGGAUCUUUUACAUGCGGCCUGGAUAUCGUCAAGAUGUUCACAGCAAACGCUAAAAUAAUAAAAAGUGGCGGAGCCGAACCUGAUGCGUUCGAAGCCAGCAUUUCCCAAGCUCUAUUGGAAUUGGAAAUGAACAGUGAUUUAAAGUCACAGUUAAGAGAACUUUACAUUACUAAAGCACGUGAAAUAGAAACCAAUAAUAAAAAGUGCAUUAUUAUAUAUGUACCCAUGCCAAAGUUGAAGGCAUUUCAAAAAAUUCAAACCAGACUUGUUCGUGAAUUAGAGAAGAAGUUUUCUGGAAAACAUGUUAUGUUUGUUGGAGAACGUAAAAUUUUGCCUAAGCCAACAAGAAAAACACGUACGAAGAAUAAGCAGAAGAGGCCAAGGAGUCGUACCUUAACUGCAGUGUAUGAUGCAUUGCUGGAAGAUUUAGUAUAUCCUGUAGAGAUUGUUGGUAAACGCAUCAGAAUUAAACUUGAUGGUACACAGCUUAUAAAGGUUCAUUUAGAUAAAAAUGAGCAAACGAACAUUGAACAUAAGGUUGACACCUUCGCUGCUGUCUAUAAAAAGUUAACAGGCCGGGAUGUAACAUUCGAAUUCCCAGAAACUUAUGUAUAAUUUGUGUAAAAAAUAAAAAUAUUUGAAAUAC